GGGUUCCUGUCAUGAGCCGCUUCAAGUUCAUCGAUAUUGGUAUCAACUUGACAGAUCCUAUGUUCAGAGGAAUUUACAGGGGGGUUCAAAAGCAUCAAGAUGACUUACAGGAUGUAAUAGAGAGAGCUGUUCAGAUUGGCGUUAAAAAGUUUAUGAUUACAGGUGGAAAUCUACAAGACAGUAAAGAUGCACUGGAUUUGGCACAAACAAAUGAUAUGUUCUUCAGUACAGUCGGAUGUCAUCCUACAAGAUGUGGUGAAUUUGAAAAGAAUAACCCUGAUCUUUAUUUAAUGGACUUGCUAAAUCUUGCUGAAAACAAUAAAGGGAAAAUUGUAGCAAUAGGGGAAUGUGGACUUGACUUUGAUCGACUACAGUUUUGUCCCAAAGAUAUUCAGCUCAAAUAUUUUGAAAAACAGUUUGAACUGUCAGAACAAACAAAAUUACCAAUGUUUCUUCAUUGUCGAAACUCACAUACUGAAUUUUUGGAUAUAAUGAAAAGAAAUAGAGAUCGGUGUGUAGGUGGAGUGGUGCAUUCAUUUGACGGUACCAAGGAAGCAGCAGCUGCCUUGAUUGAUUUGGAUCUUUAUAUAGGGUUUAAUGGUUGCUCACUGAAAACUGAGGCUAAUUUGGAAGUUUUGAAGUCAAUACCAAGUGAAAAAUUAAUGAUUGAGACUGAUGCACCUUGGUGUGCAGUCAAAAGUACACAUGCUGGAUCAAAAUAUAUAAAAACUUUAUUUCCUACCAAAAAGAAGUGGGAAAACGGACACUGUUUAAAAGAUAGAAAUGAACCCUGCCAUAUAAUUCAAAUACUGGAGAUAAUGUCAGCAGUAAGAGAUGAGGAUCCACUGGAAUUAGCCAAUACACUAUAUAACAACACCAUUAAAAUAUUUUUUCCUGAUAUGUAAUUGGUAUGUGUCUUCCAUUUUCCAUCAUGUAUGUAAAAUUUCAUGGUAAUACUUACUGAAAGUUUCAAUAAAGAAAUCGCUCGAAGUUGUCUAAAGAGAUGAUACAAGGUUUGAAUCUUUUAAGAAUUCAAUAGAAGCAGUGUGGCUUGCUGUAAAGGAAUUUGUUCUGCCACUAUUCUGUAAUACUGAAAUUUUGAGAAUGUUUUAAAUAUUUUUAAAUAAAAAUCUUUUCUGCCAUGUUAAAAAAA